CCUGCUGGGGUUGCCAAGGGGAAGCGGCGGCGUCCCGCGUUGCUAAGGUGCCCGCCAGGCCAGGCGCCGAGCGCUUCUCCCGGUUGGGCCGCGGGCCUCCCUCCCUUCGCCGCCACGACCGGCCAGAGCAGAGCCUGGUCCCCUAUGGAAACUCCCAUCUCGCCGCCAGGCUGUAUUGAAUUUUAGACACUGCAGAAAGAAACGAUUGGAGAAUGCUGAGGUCUGUCAAAAAAACAUUACCUAGAAAUGAACAAGCAGAUGAGACAACCUACUUAGCAAAUUUAGCAGUACAGAGAAAUGCCAGUGCCUUCUUUGACAAAUUUGACCGAAGUGAAUUACAGGAAUUACUUACCACUACCUCUUGUAGCUGGCUGGCUUCUAAAGAUGACCUACGCCAGCCAUUAGAACUUCCCAGUGGACUGAUGGGUCAGCUAAAAAACAUAAGUUUCCCAAAUGCAAUUUUCCUAGCACCAGUGGUGCCAGAUGUGCCUUUGGACUGUAAAGAAGUUCAUCAGAUUGUGAGAGAAUUGGCUGUAGGAAUUUACUGUUUAAACCAAAUUCCUUCCAUCAGCUUAGAUUACAAUUACGAUCACAGCACAUCUUGUCAGCUUCCUCCAGCUUACAUUGACACCAGAAUUGGACAAAUCUUGAUCAGUGUUGACUACAUGUUAAAAGCACUGUGGCAUGGUGUGUAUAUGCCCAAAGAGAAGCGUGUCCGGUUCUCUGAAUUGUGGCGUUCCAAUAUGGAUAUUGAUAUGGAUGGGAAUCCGCAAACAGAAAAAAAUAUUUUUUUAGAGUUUUGUUCAGCAGGUCUAGUUGAUCUUUCCAAUGAACCAGAUUUUGAGGGAAUCUAUGAUGAAAACAUGAAUGAAGAUCCAACUUAUGACCCUAACAGUGCACAAGAAAAAAAUCUCUUUAUGCAGUAUGCAGACAACAUACUAUUUAAGUUGACAUUUGGUACUAUACAAGUUCAGCAGCAUGAAAAUGUGUGUAAAUUUGAUGCAGCAUAUGUGCUUUCUAAUGUGAUAAGAUUGACUGAGGAUCACCUUGACACAGUAACAUACCAAAGGUUGCAGCAGAGGCUAAUUCUUCAGCAAAAACUCGUGAAGAAGCACUUAGAGAAAAAAGCAGAAAUCCGUAAGAAUAUUGAAUAUCUAAAAAUAGUGAGCUUUCUGAUUCCAUUUUUACUUGGCUUAAAAAGAAAGAUGAAAAUUCCAAAUUUAAAUCAGCUUCUUCAACCAUAUUCAGAUGAUAAAGUUAAGACUGAACGAGAAUUGCCUCCAUUUGUGUUUGGGCCAGAUUUUAAAUGCCAACAUUUUCAUUACAUAAAGAAUGAGUAUUUUCAUGUCCAUGGAGGAAUUGAAUUUGAUGUUGGUACACCUUCUCUUGAGGAUGUUUCAGAAAAGAUAAAGGUUUUGGCCAUCUUUGAUGACAUACAGAUUUGUGCAUCAAACCAUGUAGCCCAGCUGUUAGACCCGGAUAUACCAUACAGAGAACAUUACUCCAUACCAACCAUGGAAUUUGAUGGAAAGAACUACUAUGUGAUCUCCAUUGAAUUGGAAACUUUUUAUCAGCAGCUAUAUAAGACCCCAUGGUGGGGAGCCAUAAAUGAAAUAAUAAGCACUCUCAAGCCUAAAAGGCUUCCAUUAACUGAUAUCCAGUCACUGGAGCAAUUCAAGAAAAGAUUUGGUUAUAAGAAAGCUAUUAAAUGCAAGAGUUUACCUUAUGGUAUGAAGUCUGCUGCUGAGAGAGGACUAUCUGCGAUCUUCCAUACUUUUUGUCGUAAAACAUCUACUUCCAGUCUCAGUGUUGUAGAUGAAUAUGGUUAUGCUCUUCUCCAUCAUGCUUCCAUACACAACCGUGUGCCAAUUAUCUGUCAGCUGAUUAAAUCUCAUUUGAAUAUCAAUCAGAGGCGCAAUAUUCACUUUAACCCGGGAAGACGUUCACAGAAGAGUGAGACUAGGGGGGACAGAGCUGGAAAACCAAAUUUGCAAGAAAAGGAGACCUCUGGGGAAAGAACUGCUUUAGGCCCUACUGCUUUACACUUGGCAGCUCAGUGUGGAUCCAUUGAAGCACUUACUUGUCUUCUGGCCUUUAAGGCAGAUUAUAAAUUAACGGAUGAUCGAGGAUGGAUGGCUAUACAUUUUGCUGCAUUUUAUGACAACAUUUCCUGUAUCACGGUUCUCUAUAGAAAAGACCCAGAUCUACUAGAGGCUAAAACAACAGCUGAAUACCAUUCUACUCCACUAUUGCUUGCAGCCACAUCUGGAGCAUUAGACACUCUUCAAUAUUUGUUUUCUCUUGGUGCCAACUGGAAGAAAACUGACAGUGAAGGAAACAAUAUAAUUCAUUUAGCAGUGCUGUACUUUCACACAGAAAUUCUCAAGCAUCUAAUACAGCUAGACAAUCCAGAUCUUCCAGUUUGGAAUACUCUUGUAGAGAUGUUACAGUGUGAAGAUUCUAUGAGGCCAGAAAUGGCAGUUAGAUCCUUGGAAGUUCUCUGUUUAGCAAAAGAUUUCUACUGGAAAUGCAUAUUGGAUUCAGGUGCUAUCCCCUCUCUAAUCAAUCUGUUGAAAGGCCACCAGAUCAAGCUGGCAUGUAUAACAUCAGGGGUGUUGAGUAACAUUUCACCGCACAUCACCAUUUCUAAAGCUUUAGUAGAAGCAGGAGGCAUUUCAGUAUUAAUUGAAUUGUUGGGUUCCGGUGAACCUGAACUGCAAUCUCGCUGUGCUGUUAUCCUAUACGAUAUUGCCCAGUUCGACAAUAAUCAAAAUGUCAUUACCGAACUGGGUGGAAUCCCUCCUUUGAUAAAUCUUUUGAAAAUUAGAUUACAGGAUUUGUUAGUUAAUGUAAUAAAUUGUAUCCGGGUUUUAUGCAUCCAGAACAAACAGAAUCAAAUCACAGUGAAGGAACAUCAGGGUAUUCCAGCACUUGUUGAGUUUCUAACUUCACAAUCAGAUGUGCUACAGGCUGUAUCUUCAGCAGCUCUUGCAGAACUUGCUCGGGGGAAUGAGACGAUGCAGGAUGCCAUUGCAGAUGCAGAUGCAAUUGGUCCUCUAGUUGAACUUCUCCGUGGAAGGAAAAUCACUGUGCAAGUGAAAGGUGCUAUGGCUAUAGAAGCACUAUCGGAUAACAACACUCAUAUACAGAGACUAUUUCUGGAAAAAUCAGCAACAAAAUAUCUUUUAAAGCUCUUGAAGGCGUUUCACUUAACAGUUAAGGAACAAGGUGCUACAACUUUGUGGGCACUGGCAGGACAAACACUGAAGCAGCAAAAGCUUAUGGCAGAACAGAUUGGGUACAACUUUAUUAUUGAUAUGCUUUUGUCACCAUCUGAUAAAAUGCAGUAUGUUGGAGGUGAAGCAGUCAUAGCUCUUAGCAAAGAUAGCAAACUUCAUCAAAAUCAAAUAUGUGAAGGAAAUGGAAUUGGUCCUUUGGUUCGAUUGUUGAGAAGCACAAAGAUAGCAGAGGGCACGCUCCUGAGUGUCAUCAGAGCUCUAGGGACCAUUUGUAUUGGUGUGGCUCAUACAAACAAUCCAAUCAGCCAGGAAAACAUAGUGGAUGAACAGGCCUUACCAGUACUGGUUCACCUGCUUAAAAAUCAUAAUUCUCUUCAGAUAAAGGUUGAAGUUGCAUAUUCUUUGGCUUGCAUUGUUUUAAGGAACAGUAAUUUACAGACUGUGUUACAAGAGGAGGAAGGUUUCAAUUAUAGUGAUGUUCUUGAACUUCUUAAUACACCUGAUAAGGAUAUUUGUUUACGAGCUGGAUAUGCUUUAGCCCUUUUUGCAUACAACAAUCCUGUCCAACAGUUCCUGAUAUUGGAGACCGGUGCAAUUAUGAUGUCUACAUUUGAACCUUUUCUACGAUCAGAAAUUGAGACAGAUAAAGCAAUGGCUGCAUUUCAGAUUGUUGUUUUAGCCAGAGUCAUAGUGGAUGUGGACCAAGUUACUUUGUCUGCAAGAGGUGUUACUAUUUUAGUUGAACUACUAAAUUCUGAAAAGACAGCUACUCUUGUUCUAACAGGGAAGUUAUUGGCUAGCCUGGCUCAUACAAGAGCAGGUGUUCCAGAAGCAAUUACUGAACUAGGAACUAUCAAACGUCUUUGUUAUCAUUUGUACUCAGAUAAAGAAGAGGUUCGUAUAGCCUCAGCUGGUGCUCUUGGAUACUUAACAUUUAACCGCACUGCUUAUCGCCAUCUAUUAGUGGAAUGCAGGAACAAACCCAAGCAAUUCACACGUCUAAUGAAUAACCUCAGCAGGGAUGCAAAAAUAAGCCAGGACUUUGUAAAAGAAUUCCAAAGGCAAAGACAAGUGGGGCUGCCUUCUUUAAGACUAACCUUUUCAUCUGAUGUCAGGCAUCUUAGUGCCACAACCAAAAGAAGUGAACUGGAGAGUGAUAUGGGUAAGCCACAAUCCUUUCUUGUAUUAAAAACUGAGAUUUUUUAAAUGUGUGUGUAUAUUUUGAGAUAUAAAUAGUAUGGCUGGGAUUAAAAAAAACAACAACACUCAUUACUGGCCUAAUUCUGCUCCCACUGAUGUCAAUGGGACUUUUGCCACCUUAUGCAUAUAUUUGUGGCGGUGGAGCUAUAAAGUGUGUAUCUGUAAGUUUUAGAUCUUAUUAGUGAGUGAUAGAACGGUAGUUGAAUCACACCGAUCUUUCUUUAAAAGUGGCCAUAAAACUCUGUAACACUCCUAAUGUCAUACUUUGAGAGAGCAGGAGAAAGCAAACCUUGUUUAAAACUUUAUUUUUUAUUGUAAAUCAGUUCCAUCUGGGAAGCUUUAAUGUAAUCUUUUGUGUAUGACUUAUAACCUAGUAGAUAAAGAUUGCUAAAUUGUCAUUUUCAAACAUUAAAAAAAGGGCAUCUAGUCAUAAGAUGUCCACAUUUAUUUUUAAUGUUGUUGAAUGCUGAUGGAUACAUGCUGAAUGGCUUCUGUGUUUGCUAGGGUCUUUGCAAUCAGUUAUCUAUAAGGCCCACUUUCUGUAUGUUGAUGCCAGCGUAAGACCUUUUCAGCAGAGGAACGUUAACAUCCUCUGAAGUGGUCUUGGGUCUCUUCUUUAUAUAUGUAUUUUAGAGUAUCAUGGACUCACAGUGCA